CCCCCCUCCAUUCCAUCACAGUCACCCACUUCCCUUUCCUCCAUGGCAGACGAUCCUAUACCCUCUGUUAAAGCGCCUGCGGGUACCUCGGACACAGAAAUCAGACCAUGUGGGCAUAAGAUCGGUGGUAGAAACCUCAUCGUUUGCAUCGACGGUACCGCAAAUCAGUUCGGAGAGAGGAACACAAAUGUUAUCGAAUUGUACAAUCGCAUCUUAAAGGAGAGCGGGAACCAGAAAACUUGGUACAACAGUGGUAUCGGGACGUACGUCAGGCCAUCUUGGAAAUCUUUCAAAUUCUACCGACAGGUCCUCUCUCAUACGAUCGAUUCGGCGAUUGCAUGGAAUUUUAAACGAACAGUUUUGGGUGCAUAUCGUUGGUUGUCGGACAAUUAUGAGCAUGGGGAUUGUAUAUUUCUUUUCGGGUUUUCUCGUGGCGCAUUCGAAGUCCGUGUCCUCUCGGCAAUGAUCGACAAGGUCGGGCUGAUCCAAAGGGGGAGUGAGAUGCAGAUCCCAUUUGCAUACGAGCUAUAUAUAGACCCAAAAAGUGAUGAACCAUCAACUUCAGUGACGGUUGGAUCGCUGCAGACGACACACACGAGCAGCGCCGAGCGUUUCAAGCAGACCUUCUCAUACAAAGAUGUACGAGUGCAUUUCCUUGGCGCCUGGGAUACUGUCUCGUCCAUCGGGAUCGCACGCCGGAAGAUGAUGCUCCCUCGGAUAGUCGACGGGAUGAAACAUGUCUGCUUCUUCCGCCAUGCACUGGCGCUCGACGAGCGACGGGUCACGUUCUUGCCCGAGUACGCUUAUGGAGGUUCAGCCACCUGUGCAAACCCAGACGACAAGAAUCCUUCAAGUGUUAACCAUGGAUCCUCGGACAACGGCAAUAAACCAUCUACGAUAAAUGAAGGGGAAGCCACCAAAGAUAUAUCCACAAGCGAUGACGUUGACCGCUCGCAGGGUAUGAACAAGGUGACGGCAAAGCAUCCACAAACCCUGGAAGUCUGGUUUGCGGGCACUCACUCGGAUAUAGGAGGCGGGAAUGUGCAGAACUCCGGGAUGGAUCUUAGUAGACCUCCUCUGAGGUGGAUGGUGUUGCAAGCGGGGGAGCUCGGUCUUCGCACAGAACCAUUCGAGCGUGAGCUCUCUCCUCACGAGCAGAUCAAUGUCAUCGAAUCUUUGACGGGGUUCUGGUGGCCGCUUGAGUUUCUUUUCUUGAAAAGAUUGACAUACACGGGGCGAAACGAUGGAAAAAAGACGACUUAUAAGCCUCAUCUCGGGUCAGGCCGCACAAUACAUGCUACUCAGAAGAUACAUGGCUCUCUCUUGCUGGCCGGUAAAUUGAAGAGCGACUACACUCCAAAAGCACGGCCUUUUGAUGACGAGCCAUUCUUCUGGGACGUAGCUCGUGAGAAGGGGCUCGGCGAUUGGCUGGAAUUGGACUUGUACAACGCUGUCCGCACCGAUGUGGAGGUGUUCAUCAUCGCCCAUGAUCUUACUGUGUGGGACAAUUUGCGCAAAACUGUAACACGGGUGAAUGGACGACAAGCACUGUACGAUCAAGUCAUUGACAGCCUGAAACCUGCUCUCAAGCUCACGCCUGAGAUCAUGUUUGGACUCCUGCGCAACACGGUGGACAUCCUGGGGCGUCAUCGAGCCAAUUUAAAACUAAGUCCGUCGAUUGAAAUCCGUCCUCUCAUAGCAGACCUUCGACAUAGUAACGAAACCCGCUACCAGGAGACAGCACAGCAGUUUAUGGAGCAGUUUACGGAUCCUUCUAUCUUCGUGUUGAGUGGACACACAAAUUCGACCACAUCUGUCACAUUUUCGCCUGACGGCAGGCGCGUAGUCUCGGGGUCGGAUGACGAGACGAUUCGGAUCUGGGAUGCGGAGACGGGAAAGCUGGUGGGAGAGCCAUUCCAAGGACACACAUAUUAUAUUACAUCUGUCGCAUUCUCGCCUGACGGCAGGCGCGUACUCUCGGGCUCGUGCGACAAGACAAUUCGGGUCUGGGAUGCGGAAACGGGGAAGCCAGUGGGAGAGUCAUUACAGGGACACACAGAUAUGAUCACAUCUGUUGCAUUCUCGCCUGACGGCAGGCACGUAGUAUCCGGGUCGUGCGACAAGACAAUUCGGAUCUGGGAUCUGGAUCUGGGGGAGCCAGUGGGAGAGCCAUUGCGAGGACACACAAAUAUGGUCAACUCUGUCGCAUUCUCGCCUGACGGCGGGCGCGUAGUCUCGGGGUCAGACGACGAGACAAUUUGGAUCUGGGAUGUGAGGACACGGAUGCCAGUGGGAGAGCCAUUCCGAGGACACAAUAUUGUCUUUUCUGUUGCAUUCUCGCCUGACGGCAGGCACGUACUCUCGGGCUCGUUGGACAAGACAAUUCGGAUCUGGGAUGCAGCGACAGGGAAGCCAGUGGGAGACGUAUUCCAAGGGCACACAAAUGGGGUCAGGUCUGUAGCAUUCUCGCCUGACGGCAGGCACGUAGUCUCGGGGUCGGACGACGAGACAAUUCGGAUCUGGGAUGCAGAGACGGGGAAGCCAGUGGGAGAGCCAUUCGAAGGACACACAGGUCUGAUCACGUCUGUUGCAAUCUCCCCUGACGGCAGGCGCGUACUCUCGGGCUCGGUGGACAAGACAAUUCGGAUCUGGGAUGCAGAGACACAGAUGUCAGUGGGAGAGCUAUUGUUGAAUGUAACUAGUAGUUAGCACUUACGUUGAGCAAGAAAGUAAAGGUCUGUUUGGUAACGAGAAUGCGAGCGCAUUCUCAUUGGGGAGCUUGUUCCCCUUUGUACUGCUAACCGACUCCGAAAUGUAGAUGAUGACCUAAUCC